AGAUACCAACCUCCUUGCUCGGCUUACUUUUAACAAAGCCUAAUAAUAAUAAGGGAAAAUCAGAUGCUGAAAAGGACACAACUGUCUGCGAAUUCAUACUAUCUCCAUCACCAGACAUGGUCGAAGCUAGCACAAGCAAGACAACAACUAUGGAUAGCUCAACUACGGAAUUAUCAGACAAGGAACAACUCACUCUAGUGAACGGAGCAGCAGUGUCAGAUUCUCUGUUAGAAAUGGAUCUACUAGAAGAAUCCGCUGAUAAAGAUAAAACGCUUAUAUCAAUGAUGGAGGAAGAAUGCCAAAACAUCCCAAUGCCAGUUGAUGCAAUCACAAAUGACGACUUAGAGGGUUUUACUCCAGUAACACAUAAGAAAAAGAAGAAACUCAAAAUUACAACAGCAGAAGCAAACAGACCAAGUCCUUAUCAGAAGAAACCAACAUCAAAAAAACAUUAA